GUGUUUCGGCUGUGUGUGGUCUCCGGGCCCCUGCCCUGCGUUGGAUCUUUCCUCCGCCAUGUACAGCCAGAAGCCCUACACCAGCCCGCCCACUGGCUACGGCCCCCCCGGCGAUGGCUACGGCUACGACAUCCACUCCCCCCACCCAGGCUCCUUCUACGUUGAGGACGUGCCGCAGUAUUUUUACAAGUGGAACUCUCCGCCCGGCGUGGUGAGGAUCCUGGAGGCCCUGGUCGUCCUGCUCUGCGUCACCAUCUUCGCCUGCGUAGCCUCCACGCUGGCCUGGGAAUAUAGCUACGGCUACGGGGGGAUGUACGGGAGCGGGCUAGGGAGCUACUACGGGUCUGGCUAUUAUGGUGGAGGGAUGGGCUACGGGGGCUAUGGAGGCUAUGGCGGAUACGGCGGCUAUGGAGGCUACUAUGGCGGGAUGACCAACCCGCGGGCAGCCAGCGGCUUCAUGAUCGCCAUGUCGGUCUUGUGCUUCAUCGCGCUGCUGGGGUUCUUCGUGGCCAGCGUCACCAAGUCCAGCAGCGCCCGCUCCCGCAGGUUUUACCUGGCGGUCAUCGUGGUGUGCGCCAUCCUGGCCUUCGUCAUGCUCAUCGCCUCCAUCGUCUACAUCAUGGGCGUCAACCCCCGGGCACAAAUGACCGGCAGCUACUACUACAGCCCCAUGCUGACCAUGUGCAACCAGAUGUACUCCUCCGGUGGAGCCUACAUGAACCAGUACCUCUACCAUUACUGCACCGUGGACCCGCAGGAGGCCAUCGCCAUUGUCUGUGGGUUCUUCAUUGUCAUUCUUCUCUGCGUGAUUUGCUUCUUUGCUCACAAGACGCGCCACAAGAUCUGGAAGUUUGGGAAGCCCAAUAUCUACUGGGACAAGCCACUCGCCUUCCAGGAGGGCCCCAACGUGGAGGAGUGGGUGAAGAACGUUGCCGAGGGCGCCAGCAUUCAGGAUGAGACAGCCACGCUGGCCUACUCCGAGAAGCCAAUCAGCCCCGUCAACGCCCCGGCCAGCGCCUACGGCUACCCGCGCAAGGAGAACGGCUACUAUGCCUCCGAGGCCUACAACCCCAGCAGCUCUCCUGCCCGUGUGGUCAGCGAGCCGCCUGCCAGGACCUUCAGCACCAGCACGCUGGAGGAGAGGGGGAGGGAGAGCUCCAGCAGGCCCGCCGCCCGGCGUGGGAGAAGAAGGAGGCGCAACCCCGAGCUGGACGAGUCCCAGUACGAGACGGACUACACCACAGCCAUGGAGUCCAGCGACGAGCGGGACAAGGACGAGUGGGGCAGCGUGUACCCCCCCAUCACCUCGGACGGCAUUCGCCAGGAAUACAAGCAGGAGUUCGACGCCGACCUCAAGCACUACAAGCAGCUGUGCGCCGAGAUGGACGACAUCAACGACCAGCUGAACCAGCUCAGCAAGCAACUGGACGGCUUGUCGGAGGACAGCCCGCAGUACCAGGGAGUCGCCGAGGAAUACAACCGGCUGAAAGAUUUAAAACGGACUCCUGAUUAUCAGACAAAGAAAAUGGAGACCAAAGCUCUGCGGAACAAGCUGUUCCACAUCAAACGCAUGGUGAGCGACUACGAUAAGAUGAGAGGGUAGUGCGGAAAGCGGAAUCCUUUGGAGGGGGAAGAAAUUCUGCGUGUGGUCAGCUGACUUCCCUCCACGAAGCGCUGCAGGAAAUGCCAACCACCUGGACGAAAAGCAGAUUUCGUCUUGUUUUGUACAUUCGUUUCCAAAGCAGAAUCUCUCUAUCUUUGUGCCAUUUCCAAACCGAAACCCGACAGGUCUCGGCGAGCGGGGCAAGAGGGCGAUUUUUAGAACAGAAAUGAAACUCCGUGGAAGUUUGCGCUCUGGUUUGAGGCCGGUGGGCCCGUAUCCUACAAUGACCUAAGCAGAAAUCCUGGCCCCACUGAAAUCAGUGACUUCAAUGGGGCUAGGAGAUCCCCCUUGGUGCUUACGUUUAUGCUGCGAGUCAUUAAUUCAAUAGAACUGAGCAUUAAGCAUGCACCCGCAGUUGCUGCAACCUCAGUUUGUACGUGGGCAGAUGUAAAUUUGUAAAUACGUGGGUGUGUAUAUAAAUUAGCCUCCUGUUUUAUACGAUCAAAGGGUGAAUCUCUCUGUAGCAUGCUCCCAUGCUGGUCCCCAUCCUGCAAGCCCUUAAUCGCCCACGAAGUCCCAGUGAGCUCAGUGGGACAUCCCUUGGGAGCGAGGACCCUCGGUGGGUGAAAUUCACCCUGGGCAGAGGGGUUUGUACAAGGCCUGUGCACCACUGACACCCCCUGAGCACGGUAGGGGGAAUGCGGCUCCAUUGACCUCUGUGGGGAUCGUGCCAUUGACUUCAGCGCCUGGAUUUCACUCCAUGAUGGGAACUUUGUGCUGCAUAAGCCUGAUGCUGGAUCCCUGCCCAGGAAAGGUUUGCAGGAUUGGGCCCAUGCGCGCUGGACUCCUGCUCCCUCUUAGAUUCCUGUCGUCAUUCCCCUCCAUCCGUCCCAAUGUGAUUCAAAACCAGGAGGAUGGGAGCCCGGCGGCUGGAGCCCAGGCCUGUUUCGCACGCCACGCCAGCCCGCAGUAAGGAGCCCAUUGCAGCCAGCUGAGGGUGACGGCCUGUCUCCCACCACCGCAGCUGAGAUGUGUGCAGCCAAGCUGAGCGUGAACGCAGACCCAAGCUCCCGAGAUUGUCCCGGCCCCUCACCUCCCGCCCCGUGCGGCAGAAGUGUCUCUCGGGGAGCUGACAACUGAGUGCAGCGGCGGCUGCAUUUCACCGGGAUGAAUAAUACAUAGGGAACUCCUGAGUCACCCAGUGCAGCCGGCUCACACUCCUGACAACUUGACAAGCCAGGGCUUGGCUGCCCCCCAGCAAAAGCCCAUGCUAGGCAUUGUGUGAGGAGAUUUCACGCUCGCACAGGCAGCACGGUGCCAGUCUUAGAAUAGCCCCCUCAGCUGCCACGGUUUUCUAGAGCUGGACGGCACGGUGCGAACGUCUGAACACGAUUAUUUUUACCAGCACUUCCUAUGCCAGUGUGCUAUUCUGUAGGGAACUGGGUAUGAUGUCGGGGGUUAUUUUUUUUAAUAAACUGCAUCUAUUCAUUUUAAA